ACUUUAGUUUACUCACAGCUCAUUCUCAGUAUCGUCUACAACCAGUAUACAAAUAGGUCCUAUUUCAACAUAUAUAAUUUGGAAUAAAAAAGAAAAACACAUUUUCUGUUUUGCAAUGGAGUUUGCUGGAAAAUUUCUUAAGCCCGUCUGGCGGCCAAUGAUGCAAGUAGCUCGUCUCUAUUGCGAGAAGCCGAUGCGAAGUCUAGUAGCUUUCCCAGUUGCCAAAGUUGAAAGUGGAAAGUCCAAGUACAUGAUGGCCCAUGUUUACAUUCACGGGGAGAUGGGCAGUGCCAAGCAGGUGAUUCGUAGCCAUGCCAAGGCCAAGUACCAUCUUGACGUCUACGAUGAAUUGAAAAAGGAGGCAGAGGCCAUGGGCCUGUGCACCCAGGGCUUGGGAGGUGGUUACUUGGUUCACGACAAGGAGAAGAAGUACAUCAAGCUCUAUGGAAGAUCUCAGGCCCUGGGAAAGGCCGAUCAUGAGGCAGCGCGUGAGCUACUGCAACCGAUCUAUAAUGAUCACAAGAUCGAUGCCGAAUCUGGCGGUAUGGAACCCUAGAAAAUCUAUUACCUUUCGCAUUAUUCAGUCCGGCCAAUAUUUCUCUUUUUCUUUUAUAAAUUUUGGUCUUAGGACUGUGUGGAAUACUUUGCAACAAUUAAAAUUAAACUUCAAAAGA